AUGGCUGAAGAUUCUUUCCUCCACCUUGCUCGCCCUCUGGGCCCCGUCAGUGUGGGAACCGCGCCCACCACUGCCCCUCUUAACGUUGUCAUCCAACCCCAGGCCAUUUUCUCCGUUCUCGACCACUCCCUCCGCCGCAAUGCCGAUCAGGAGCGCGUCAUCGGUACACUGCUGGGAACACGAUCCGAGGAUGGAAGCGAGGUUGAGGUCCGAUCCGCCUUCGCUGUCGGCCACUCUGAGGCUGAGGACCAGGUCGAAGUCGAUAUGGAAUACCACAAGCAGAUGCUCGCUCUCCACCUGAAGGCCAACCCCCGCGAAGUCUUGGUUGGCUGGUACGCCACUGCCUCCGAGCUCAACACCUUCUCCGCCCUCAUCCAGAACUUCUACAGCGGCCAGGGCGAUGGCACAUGGCCUCACCCCGCUGUCCACCUGACUGUCUCCACUGAGGCCGGCAAGGACCUCGAGACCCGGGCUUAUAUUUCCGCCCCCGUGGGUGUCACCGCUGAGCGCGCCGCCGACAGUGCUGCCUUCAUUCCCGUCCCCUACGAGCUCCGCUACGCUGAGGCCGACAAGAGCGGUCUCGAGUCUAUCGCCAAUGCCAAGGAUGCUGAGGACCGCUCCGCCACCAUCACUUCCGACAUCGAUUCUCUGGAACGCGCCGUCGAGGAGGUUAUCUCCAUGAUCGACCGCGUUUCCCGCUACGUUGAGUCCGUCAUCGACGAGGAGACCCCCGCUUCCACCGCCAUGGGCCAGUUCCUCCUCAACGCUCUUGCUCUUGCCCCCAAGGUCGAGCCCGCUGACAUUGAGCGCGACUUCAACAACCACAUCCAGGACGUUCUUGUCGUUUCUUACCUUGCCAACACCGUUCGCACACAGAUGGAACUUUCUACCCGACUAGCAACCGCCCAGCUGACCCUUGGUGGCGGCGAAGGUGCCGCUACUGGCGAGGGCCAGCGCAACCAGCGCGGUGGCAAGGGCAACAACCAGGGCGGCCGCCGCCAGGAGCGCACCGAGGAGACGCGCGCAUGA